AAAGCUUGUAUGCUGCGUACGCAGUAGUGGAACUUUAUUUUUCACCCGUAUAUAGUCCUGCAUAUACAGGCCCCUGACGGGUUACCUUCUUCACAAUCUUUUCUUCUAUCGCUUUGGUACUGGAUAAUUGUUGUCGUAUAUCUAUUUUUUCCUUCCACUAUUGCUAUAGCCUGAUUCAUAUAAAAGGCAUCCAAAAAAAUGAAACAAGCAGCUUCAAAUGGAAAGUGGCACGACAGGAACAACCAUAUUCAUCAGCAACAUCACACUAUGCAGCUCGCACCACCUAUUACAACAACAAAUUCUCCGUCUUGUUCAUCCUCUCGUGAUUUCAAAUCGCCUGAGCCUCGAUCCGUUGCCGUCACCGUCACCGUCGCCACCACAAGAUCGACAACAACAAGAACAACAAUCGUUACCACGAACACCAUCACCACCACGUGCUAUUCGGAUAACUUCGACGCGCAACUAUAAGUUGUUUCCCGGUAACAAUGUGUUUUUCUUUCAAGGCCGAUUGUUGACCAGUCGAGCAUAUUGGGCGUUUUUCUUGGCUUUAUGUGUGCUCAUUGCACCCUCUGUUUUAUUCGCCAUCUUUGUUUGCCCUUGGUUAUGGCUGCACAUUUCCCCAGCGAUUCCUGUGAUAUUUGCAUAUCUAUUUGUGCUGGCCUUGGCUUCCAUGUUGAAGUCCUCGUGGACCGAUCCAGGGAUUAUUCCGCGAAAUCUCGACAUCCCCCCACUUGUGGCAAACAAUGAAAACGCAACAGAUGAAAUGGGUAUACCUUACGAAUCCAUGCCAACGCCAAAAGAUGUUGUUAUCAAAGGCGAAAUGAUUCGACUCAAGUAUUGCGAUACAUGUCGAGUCUAUCGACCACCACGAGCAAGUCAUUGCAGACAGUGCAAUAAUUGCGUAGAGAAUGAAGAUCACCAUUGCAUUUGGUUAAACAAUUGUGUGGGCAAACGCAAUUAUCGACCGUUUUUCACGUUCAUUGUUACAUCCGUAACGAUGUGUCUUUACGUGAUUACAUUUUCUUUGGUUCACCUGAUCCGUUUGUAUGUGGACAAUGAUCAGUCGUUUGGUACAGCACUCGCACAAGCGCCAGUGAACCUGUUGCUCGCCAUAUUAUGCUUUCUUUUGCUUCUUCCGAUGGGCGGAUUAACGGGGUACCAUUGUUUCCUUGUACUCCGUGGUGUAACCACACAUGAGCAGUUGCGGUCUACAAUGACAAUGCGUCCCUUUGAACACCAAUUGUUCGAUUUGGGAAACCCAUUUGUAAACAUGUUUCAUGUUCUUUGUCGGCCACAACCAAAAAGUUACCUUGCGAGACGAAAAUUUGCUGAGGAAUGGUAUGAAAUUUCGGACCGACAUCAACAAACCAAAACUUCUUAAUCAGAGGCAGUCAAAAGGGAGAUCCGGCCCGCCAAAAACACUACAACAACACUACUAUCCCGGAUAGAUUUUGUACAAAACCAACAAAUCAAAACGAUUUCUUUAAUUCUGUAACUUCUAGAUACCACACCUCUAUACUCAUUUAUAAUAUCUAAUUUUACUAUAAACAUGCUGCAACCUGCAC